UCUUUCUGCUUUCUGACAACUAUUUCUGCUGAUCAGAGUCUUUGCAGUUGAAUGUGAAGGUUAACCACGAGGAACAUGAACCGUUUUAACGUCUGAACCUGUAGCUAAUGCUGUGGACUUAUUGGAUCUUGUGGUGGAUGAAGUUCUGGUUUCAGCUCGUCUUACUUUCCUCGCUGCUCCAGUUUUUUACUGAAUUCACAACAUGAUGGGAAGCUACGGCGGCAUGUCGUCGUCCCUCUACAGAUCCAGAUAUGUCAGCUGGUGUUUGGACGAUGGAGAGUCAACGACUGCCUCAGGAAAGAUCCAGAAAACUACCAAAACAGAUGAUAUGUCUGAGUCGGCUGAUUCAGCUUCGGUCCCACUUCUGCUUCUGUCACCACCAGAAACCGACAGACAUGAAGCCAAAGCAGCGUUUUCCCAUCAGCCAAAGAGAAAUCAUCAGAAAACCUUCGUAUCUUCCCAGUCGGACAGACAAUCCAGCUCUAGUUUCCACAACAAUGACAAAACCACUGAUGGUCACUGUAAUGAGGUCAGAAAAGGGAAUUUAACACAUCGGGACAUAGAAAGUCAAAGUAAAGAGGAACCUCAGCAGAAAGAGAAUGAGAACUUCCACCUUCCCAGAAGCAGUCCAGUCAUCUCCAGACGACGCAGGUCCAUCACCUGGACCGGAGGAGGAACCGAUAAUCCCACAAGGUCGGACUCUCCAUCUCCUGCCUCUCUGGAUUGUAGUUUGGAAGAUCUGGAAUCCAAACCGAGCUCCUGUCUUCACUCAGUUUCAGUUCAGGCGGAUGAGAAGCAGCGCUGCACGUCUGUAUCGUCGAAUCUGAACUACCACCUGAUGGACAACUACCUUCCCGACUGUGGACAAAGAGGCUUGGAGGAGGAACAAGGACGGUCUCAGUCACCAGGCCUCUCAACCUCAACACAUAACAACAAAGAGCGGCGGUGCAGUGAAAUCCCAGAUUUCUCUACAGACAUCUUUAAGACCAGCUGUGAUCUGGAAAAGGAAAAUGCUCAUUUCAUCGUAGUGGACAUGGUGCUGGAGGUGCUGGAAGGAGCCAAAUGGUCUCUGAACUUCAAUCGACGGACCUCCAACAUGGACAAACACUGCGACAUUUGUACGCAGACUCACAAAAACUCUACUCAGGAAACUACAACGCGCAGACAGAUAGGUAAAAUAUACAGACGCACUAGGAACUACAGCGUAUGGGACGCCGAAAGAGACAACAACAAGCGGCCAUGUUCAGACGAAGACGCAAAGACGACGAAACAACCUCAGGAGGAAACAGGAAGUGAGGAGAUGGAAUAUCCCGGAAAGACUCUCUCUAUCCUCUCCACUGACAGCGGAUUUGAAGACUUUGGAGUCGACGCCACACUGAUGCACAGAGAUUCUGUCAUAAAUGCAGAGUUUCUGGCCCAGCAGCUGGUGGUGGAGUUCAGGAGGAGCUGGAUUCCUUCCAACGAGCCUCAACGAGGACGUCAGAGCCUUCGCAGUUCACUUCAGGAGUUGCCGGGUAACGGAGGCGUGGCGGUGAGCAGCGGCAGCCUGACGGAGGAGAUCCGGCUGAGGACCAGGAUGAGAGGAUCCCUGAACUGGGCUCCACCUCGAUUCCAGAUCAUCUUCACCGUCCAGCCGACUCACAGACGCAGUGAAGUUGUGGCUUUACAGCACUUCCUGUGUGCUGGUUGUGGGACGGAAGUGGAGCCCAGAUACAUCAAGAAGCUGCGAUACUGUGACUACCUCGGCAGGUAUUUCUGUGAUUGUUGCCACAGCGGCUCUGAGGCUGUGAUUCCUGCUCGAGUUCUGUCCUGCUGGGACUUUGGCAGAUACUCGGUCAGCGAUUUCUCCAAGCAGCUGCUGGAUUCAGUCUGGAAUCAGCCGCUGUUUGACCUGAACUGUGUCGGUAAAACGCUGUACAGCCGAGUGAAGGAGCUGGACAAGUUCAGGGAGCUGCAGGAACAACUGUUGUGCAUCAAGAAGCUGCUGAAAAGCUGCAGAUUAUCUGGAAGUGCUUUGUCUGAGUUCGAGCAGCUUCCUGUUCACCUGGUGGAGCAGCUUCACCUGUUCUCUAUGGACGACCUGCUCAGAGUGAAGAAGGGUCAGCUGGUGGUUCAGGCCAGAAACCUGCUGCACUCCGCCAUCGAUCACGUAGAAAACUGUCAGCUGUGUUUGGCUCGAGGCUUCAUCUGCGAGUUCUGCAGAGAGAAAGACGUCAUCUUUCCUUUUCAGAGCGACAUUUGUAAACGCUGCACAGUGUGCAAAGCCUGCUUCCACAAACACUGUUUUGCAGAGAAAAAGUGUCCAAAAUGUGCACGAAUCCAGUCAAGGAAAAAAAGUCCAGGUGGAUCCAUGAAGUGUGAUAUGUGACCAGCUGCAGCUCGAGAUUCAUUUAAUAAUUUAAUUAUUCUGCUGCGUUAUUUUUACUGCAGCUUUUAAGUGAAAACACAGUUGGAAUGUAAAUAAUUUCUGUUCUCCUCCGUUUCUAAACUCACAUCUGAGCUCCUGUCAAAAUAUGUUUCCUGUGGAAAUAAAUGAGUAUAACAGUGAUUCUACCUGAA